AUCUUUGGGAUGCUUUUUUUUCUAUACACACUCCUGCUUUUCUAUCAUCUUAAGGCAGAGGACACUUUUUGCCACAUGAUGGGAGACCCUAACUAUCCGCUGCUGUCAAAGGAUGGAGACAUAACUAUUGGAGCAGUUUUGCCAGUCCACACUAAAGAAACAUUACCUUCUUUUGAGUUUACACAAAAACCUAAACCUCUGUCAUGCUCCAGUUUGAGUGUGAGAGAUUUCAGACUGGCUCAAAUAAUAAUUUUUGCAAUUGAGGAGAUUAACAAAAAUGAAACGUUGCUCCCAAAUGUUUCUAUUGGCUAUAGAAUUUAUGAUACAUGUGGAUCACGACUGACUUCUAUGAGUGCUAUUAUAGCAUUGAUGAAUGGACAAGAGUUUGCAGCAGACCAACGAUGCAGUGGACAGUCUCCUAUACAUGCUAUCAUUGGAGAAACAGAGUCUUCCACCACAGUGAUUUUGUCCAGGACGACAGGACCUUUUAAAAUUCCUGUGAUAAGCCAAUCGGCUGCAUGUGAAUGUCUCAGUAAUAGGAAAGCUUACCCCUCUUUCUUCAGGACUGUUGCAAGUGAUUAUCAUCAGAGCAGAGCACUUGCACUUUUGGUCAAACACUUAAGCUGGUCUUGGGUUGGAGCUGUGAACAGUGACAAUGACUAUGGAAACAAUGGAAUGGCCAGAUUUCUGAAUGUCGCACAGGAAGAGGGGAUUUGUGUAGAGUACACUGUGAAAUUCUAUCGAACAGAGGCUGAAAAACUCCAGAAAGUGGUAAACACAAUGAAAGAAGGGACAGCUAAAGUGAUUGUUGCAUUUGUAUCAUUUUUUGAGAUGGGAUUACUUAUCGAGCAACUAAGUAUACAGAACAUUACAGGCCUCCAAAUAAUCGGGGUUGUAGGAUGGUCAACUGCAAAGAAUUACAUCACUCCAAACACUUUUCGUGUAAUGAAAGGGUCACUGGGGUUUGCAGUGAGAAAACAUUAUAUUGAAGGGUUUUCAGAAUAUGUUAUUAAAUCAUUCUGGGACACAGCAUUACCAUGCUCACAAAGAUAUGGGAAUUCUUAUCAAGCUGAUUUAAAUUGCAACCGAUACCAAGAUGUGCUUGUGCUCAGAAAUUACAAUGAAGAUGUGCCUGAACAUAGAUAUUUAAGUAAUGUCUACAAAGCAGUUUAUGCUGUGGCUUAUGCUCUACACAGUCUACUCAAGUGCAAAGAACAUGAAGUUUGUGCAAAGGCCCUGACAAUACAACCACAGCAGGUGGUUGAGGCUCUUAAAAAAGUCAAUUUCACUGUAAAGUUUGGAGAUAGUGUGUGGUUUGACAACACUGGCUCCACAGUAGCCCAGUAUGAAGUUGUGAACUGGCAGCAGGACUCUGAUGGAUCAAUUCAGUUUAAAGCAGUGGGUUACUAUGAUGCCUCACUGUCCCCUGACCAGCGCUUUGUGCUUAACACUGAAAACAUCAUCUGGGCUGGAGGACAGCUGCAGAAGCCAAGGUCUGUGUGUAGUGAGAGUUGUCCUCCAGGCACUAGGAAGGCUGUACAGAAAGGAAGACCUGUCUGCUGUUAUGACUGUAUUCCAUGUGCAGAUGGAGAAAUCAGUAAUGAGACAGAUUCAAAUAACUGCAUGCAGUGUCCAGGGGAAUUCUGGUCUAAUGCUGAGAGAAAUACAUGUGUGUUAAAGACCGUCGAGUUUCUGUCAUUCACAGAAGUUAUGGGUAUAGUGCUAGUCUUUUUCUCACUGUUUGGAGUAGGAAUAACUGUUCUGGUCACAGUCCUGUUUUACAGUAAGAAGGACACCCCGAUAGUAAAAGCCAACAACUCAGAGCUGAGCUUCCUGCUGCUCUUCUCAUUGACUCUGUGUUUUCUCUGUUCACUUACUUUCAUUGGUCGCCCCACUGAGUGGUCCUGUAUGUUACGUCACACAGCGUUUGGGAUCACUUUUGUCCUCUGUAUCUCUUGUGUUCUGGGGAAAACAAUAGUUGUGUUAAUGGCCUUCAAGGCCACACUUCCAGGAAGUAAUGUCAUGAAAUGGUUUGGGCCUAUACAACAGAGACUCAGUGUUCUUGCCUUUACACUUAUACAGGUUCUUAUCUGUGUGCUUUGGUUAACAAUAUCCCCACCUUUCCCUAACAAUAAUAUGCAACACUACAAAGAAAAAGUCAUUCUUGAGUGCAGUUUAGGUUCAUCUGUAGGUUUCUGGGCUGUGUUGGGUUAUAUAGGCCUUUUGGCUUUCCUGUGCUUUGUUUUAGCUUUUCUGGCCCGAAAGCUGCCUGAUAACUUCAAUGAAGCUAAAUUCAUCACAUUCAGUAUGCUCAUAUUCUGUGCCGUGUGGAUCACAUUUAUCCCAUCUUAUGUCAGUUCUCCUGGGAAAUUUACUGUAGCUGUGGAGAUAUUUGCCAUUUUAGCUUCAAGCUUUAGUUUAUUAUUCUGUAUAUUUGCCCCCAAAUGUUACAUCAUCCUGUUUAAGCCUCAUGAAAAUACAAAACAACAUUUGAUGGGAAAAACACAAUCUAAGUCCUACUGA